CAUCAUAUUCAACGAACGGAACGGAACGACUACUACAUCUCCUGUCUAAUAACGGAAACAGCUAAACCGGAGCUGCGGCUUUUUUCUUGCAGACGGCCGCGACGUUCGCUCAGAGCAGCCAUGGAGACGGCGAAAACGGAGGACGAGGCGGCCGAGAACAUAGUGAUAUUCCCAUUCAUGGCGCAGGGCCACAUCAUCCCCUUCCUCGCCCUCGCCCUCCACAUCGAGAAGACGGCCAAGAGGAACAACAAGAGCUUCACCAUCAACUUCGUCAGCACUCCUCUCAACAUCCGAUCCCUCCGCUCCUCCCUCCCGCCUUCCUCCUCCAUCCGCCUCCUCGAGAUCCCCUUCUCCGCCUCCGACGCUGACUCCCGCCUCCCUCCCGGCGCCGAGAACACUGACGUCCUCCCCUACCACCUCAUCAUCCACCUCCUCGAGGCCUCCACCUCCCUUCGCCCUGCCUUCAGGGCCCUCCUGUUGGGCCUCAUCGCCGAGCUCGGCGGCAGGAAGCCCCUCUGCGUGAUCGCCGACAUCUUCUUCGGGUGGACCGCUGACGUGGCGAGGGAGCUCGGCGUGUUCCACGCGGUCUUCAGCGGAGCGAGCGGCUAUGGGCUUGCAUGCUACUACUCUGCCUGGAUCAACCUCCCCCACCGGAACAGGGGAGGCCCCGUGGACGACGAGUUUGAGCUUCCGGACUUUCCGGAGACUUCCAAGUUCCACUUGUCCCAGCUCCCCCUGAGUAUCCUUGAGGCCGAUGGGACCGACCCGUGGUCCCUAUUCCAGGCCAAGAACCUGCCCGUCUGGGUGAAUUCAAACGGAAUCUUGUUCAACACGGUGGAGGAAUUCGAUAACAUCGGGUUUCGGUACUUUGUUAAGAAGCUCGAAAGGCCCGUGUGGGCGGUUGGGCCAAUCCUCCUCCCGAAGGAGAGCAGGAGCUCGGUCUCGACCCAGCCAGGCCCCAACUCGGAGCUCUGCGCGGAGUGGCUCAACUCGAAGCCUGCACAGUCAGUUCUUUACAUAUCAUUCGGGUCACAAAAUACAAUAUCGGCCUCGCAGAUGAUGCAACUAGCAACUGCUCUGGAUGCGAGCGGACGGGACUUCAUCUGGGUGGUGAGGCCACCUCUCGGGUGUGAUGUCAACUCGGAGUUCGAGACUGAGAAGUGGCUACCUGAGGGCUUCGAGCGGAGGAUGGAGGAGUCAAGGAAGGGCCUGUUGGUCCGCAAGUGGGCUCCACAAGUGGAGAUACUGUCGCACGAGGCGGUCUCGGCCUUCCUGACGCAUUGUGGGUGGAACUCGGUGCUGGAGGGGCUGAGCAGGGGGUUGCCACUGCUAGGGUGGCCAAUGGCGGCAGAGCAGUUCUUCAAUGCAAGGCUGCUGGAGGCAGAGGUUGGGGUGUGCGUGGAGGUGGCGAGGGGGAAAGCAAGCGAGAUCAGGUGGGAGGACGUGAGAGAUAAGAUCGAGGCGGUAAUGGGGGAUACCGAGAAGGGGCAGGAGAUGAGGAGGAGGGCCUCGGAGGUGAGGUCGAUGAUUGAGAGCGCCAUGAAGGUCGAGGGUGGCUGUACGGGGCCAUCCCUGACGGCCCUGGAUGAGUUCUUCAAGGUGGCUGCCACAUCGAGGGAGAAGACAGAGGACGGGCGGAACGGUGUCCUCAUUUGAUCGGGGAAACUGUCCCAAGAACUCGAUUUCUCGAAUCUUUUGUGUUUUUGAGAAGAUUAAUGUAUCAUACCGAAUAUCGGUAAUUCUACGGCAUUAAUACUUUAUACAAAGCCGGCACUUAUAUUUUGGGCAAUGAAAGAAUUAACGACCGGAAAAUGGGCGUUAGAAGCUUA